AUGAUUCAGAAUAUCCACAGUUAUACAGCAAAGCUUGCCAAGCAAGCUAAUCGAUCCAGCACCUUUACACAAGAAACAGUAAAGGAACAAACUAACGAAUAUACACGAACAACUCGCAUACAACCAACAGACCAAUGGCUGCUUCAAUAUUCGGCUAAAAAUAGCUAUAAACUACGGCAAAAGCGAACAACAACGCUAUCCCCAAUGCCAAAUAUGACCUAUCCUGAAGGAAUACCUUCUCAAGCACCACACAAUGAACUACCCAGCUGGAACGAACGGGCGGCUGCUGGAAACUACCAACAAAACCAUGUUCACAAAUCUGCCAAUCAAAGCAACAUCAUAAGGGACUGCCUCGGACUGCAAUACAAGAAGACAGAAAUAAAGUAUUGCCUCCAGUAUAGCAGACAACAAUUAACGCCGAUGGGUUUUGGCAACCAAACAUCACUUGCCAGCAGCUCAUAUAAUUGCUACCCACGAGAAACAACCAAGCCUGCAAAGUAUGCCAGUUCAAAGGAAUCAGCAUACAGAACCUAG